AAGGAUUUGAAAGGUUAUAAAGCUUGCAUACGUUUCUGCGUCUAAGGUUAUAAUUUAUAUACGCAGAGAGCGCUGCACUUGUCAUUUAAAAACACAAAAAGGUACAAAGCUGAAAUAAACAAACAAAUAAAUAAACUGAUAGAGGUAAAUAAAGAAUCGUAUGCGUUCAAUAAGUAUUUUAUUGGUAAUAUCUUCAAUAAAUACAAUGUAUCGGUGACAUCGAAGUACAAUCGAGAUGAUCGGGAGAGUAUCAGGAAAGAGGGAUCGUAAACCAUGCGUACCAAACUCCACAUUAUGCACCGGAAACCGGAAAUAGAAACCGACUGCAAACGAAGACGCUCGUCUCUUGUUUAACCGACUUCAGGUAAAUUCGCAAAAGCAGCAAUGGAAGGAAAAGAAAUAUGAUCGAAUCAAAUCGCGAUAAGACCCUUCGUGUUCAGCCAUGCAACCGAUGUAUCAGCUGUUCGGCAGCGCAAUCGCCAUGUUCGUGAACAUCGCGAUACUGCUCUACGUCUGUCAACGAUUUUUAGCUGCGACAAGAUCGCGACGCAAGAUGAUGACGGAGAUGGAAGAACUGACCACGAUCGUUCGCCAGGCACGCGACAACGUCCAAUACAUCGGUGAACAGGUGGCUCGAGGAAUGGACGAGAUCAAAGACGAUGUGGGGAAAGAACUGCGAGUUACCGAUCGAUUAACCACGCAGAAUACGAAAUUGGCGGCGGUGCUACAGCGAUUCGCGACCCUCGAGGAAAACGUGAUCGAACUUGUGCGCAUGGAUCGAAACAGGGAAAGCGUGAAGAUCGAGACGCCGAUGGAUGUCAGCGAGGAGAUCAAGAAGAUCGUCGCGGCAGUCGAGAGAAGGAAAAUAGAAGAGGAAGAGCAAGACCCAGAGGACGGAGUUGAGUGGUCAAAGGAAUCGAAGCGGUCCAGCAAAGCGGAAAUCGGUUCUGUAAAUCGAACUACUCGGAAUCCGUUAUCGAAAUUUUCGGCGUGUACUCCGCGGGAAACUGUCACUCGAAAAACUACCGACCGAGCUCGAAUUUCCACAAUGCCCGAGGUUCGACUUCUCGGCGAAAAACGGUAACUGGACAGUUAAACGAUCCCUC